AUGGCAAGCGAGGACGCGCCUGCGCCCCCCGCCGAGCGCGCGCCGCCGCCCUCACCGCCGCCGCUCUCCCUGGACGAGUGCCGCGAGGCGUUUUACGUCGCCCAGCGCGCGACAGAGCGCUACGCCGCGCAGCUCAAGGCGUUCGUGGACGUGAUCGACAGCAAGAAGGCGCAGGCGGGGGAGGCGUGGAUCGAGGCCGUGCAGGACGAGGCGCGGAAGGCGACCUUCUUCCACACCAACCAGCUGGCAGAAUGGGAAGAUUUUGCGGAGCGCGCCGAUUCAUACGUCGACUCUGUGCGGCGGCUCGCUGAGCGGCUGGCGAUCGCAGAGCUGAAGGGCGAGACUUUGGAGGAGGCGGACCUUCCAGAGAACAAGGCGCGGACGGUGCACCCAGAGCUCCUCAAAUUCAAAUUGGAGAAGCGGUCCAGGAUCUUGGGCAAGAUUGGCGGCGUGCCCGCGCUGGGCCCGGGCACCGUGAUCCCCAAGCUGCCCACCGGCGGCCCUGGCCUGCGCGCGACCGCCAGCAGCGCGGCGCGCGAGAUCAACUACUCCAAAGUGGAGGGCAAGGACGCGCGUUACCUCGCGGAUGUCUUCCAGUUCAAGACCGGCGGCAAGAAGAAGGACGACGGGGAGCCGACAGAGUGGCAGCAGGAGGCGUCCACCAUCCUCAAGCGCAAGGCCCAGGUCGAGAAGUCUGAGGAGGCGCUCAGGGCGGAGCUAAAGUCGCCCUUUGGGGAGGAGCUCACGGGUGUCCUGCAGCAGCGCCACACCACCCUCAAAGCAAAGGAGGACGAGGCGGCCGCCGUCGCCGCCAGCGCCUACCGCCGCAGCAGCGCACGCGACGAGGCGCCGCCCGAUGCGACGCCGGAGUUGGCUGCCAAGCUCAAGCGGCGGCAGCAGGAGGAGGAGCGGGCGAUCAAGGAAGCUGCCAGGAAGGCACGGGAGGACGCGGAAGCGGCGGAGAACAACACGCAUCGCCUGCCUGCCGGCCGCCACCUCGCUCUGCAGAAGGGCGUGCCGACGCCCGCGUGGCAAUCCACCGCGCCCUUCGGCAGCGAGCUCGCCUCAGCCCUGCAGAAGCGAAACCAGGCUAAGGCUGACGCCAUCAGGAACGCCGUGGCCAAGGAGGAGGGCCGCGCCUCUGGCAGCGCCGGCGUGCCCGACGCGGAGAGCGAGUGGGCGCGGCGGCUGCGCAGGAUCCAGGGCGGGCGGAACGACGAGUGA